GGCAGACAUGACACUAUGUUGCAUUUUCACCAUUGCAGGCGUCAGCUGCGGCGUGACCCCCGUGCCGAGCCACUGGUUGGCGAGCGAGUUCCCUAUGUGGUGGUUUACGGCCACCCGGGCCAGCGGCUGAUUGAGCUGGUGCGGUCGCCCCUAGAGCUGCUUUCAGGACAGCUACGCCUCAACGCUCACUACUAUGUGGCACGCGUCAUUGGACCCGCGCUCAACCGCGUUCUUCGGCUGCUUGGCUCCGAUUGCCUCCAGUGGUACGAGGAGCUUCCAAGGCCCCGCUUUGUGGCUACUCCCCGUCCAGGCACGAUGGCCGCCUACGUGGUGGUCAACCAGCUGUGCCUGGCAUGCGGCGGCCAGGCCGAGUCGCGGCAGCUCUGUGCCUCGUGCGAGGCGGACCCGGGCUACGCAGCGCUCGUCCUCGGCGGCAAGGUCCAGCGCGUCCAGAAGGCGCUGCUCGAGCUGCAGGUGGUGUGCCACAGCUGCAUGGGCUUUCAGGCCGGCAGCGUCUGCUUGUCAGUCGACUGCCCUGUCCUCUUCAAGACAUCGCGUGUCACUACCGAGGCCCAGCAGGCCCUCGACUGGAACAGCGCACGGAACAGUGUAUCUACCACGUCGUCGUAGCAGCGUUGGCCGCUUCUGGCCGACCCUGUGUUUCAGUGCAAGUCCUACACCAUGGCUCGGCAGUUGCGUUCAUCAUUCCCGUGCACAGUAUUAAUGUCCCGAAGGGGAUGAUCUGACAUUUCUAGCAUGAGUGGGGUGCCAUGGCCGUGAGCUGGACUUCUUUCCAGCGCGUGCAGCAUAAGUGUCUUCGAUGGACGCACUGGCAACGUCAGUCUGGCAGGACAACAGACAAGCUAGCGCAGACGAGGAUAUUGAGUUUGCUCCAAGAUUGCUUUUUUGGCAAGGAUUUUGCCAGAGUCAUUGUGUUCAUCGCAAGUUUGCCACUGCAAGUGUGAAUGCUUCAAGCACAGCCAUGCUUAGCCGUGGUGGAUUUGGACAGGCUUGUAGACUCACUAAACUGUCUAGCCUCAUGCAAGCCCGGUUCAGUGUGGGAGUUAGUCAUUGCAGAAGGAGCAGACAACAGAAACCGUGUACAACUGAACGUUCGCUGCUGAGCUCUGUGAUCGUGCAUGUUUUACUCGGGGGUUCAUUUUCGAGAAGCCACGUGAUCAGGCCUACACAAUUGUGAGGAUGUGCGUUUUUGCCCACAUGUGCAGCUUUCUUUUUCUUUUUUUUAAACCCCCCCCCUCUUUCGGAGCAGACGACAAGAUUCGCUGACUUGCGCGUCUGCUUGGCAAUAGCGCAGCAGUGAGCUCAGGUUCGAAGUUCCGGAUUUGUAUUCUGUGAUCUUGGUGGAGGAAGCAAAUCAUCAGUCAUGGUGGCAGGGAGCCACAUCAACAUCUGCAAGGGAUGCAGCAUAGUCAGCCACAUUUGUUCAUAUUGUUUCUUCAUUUGUGUUGGAAAGUGUGUAAACUGUUUGAGUGCGUUGGGUGAGUGGUGGGUGCGUAGGCUGUGUGCCCUCUCUUAUUCCACAGGUGAGGAGCCAAGGCAGCUCUCCUUGUGUGUGUGUGCGCUGUACAUAUACUGGCUGAGGUGAGCGACCUCAUUGUUUUCAAUUAAAAGGAAAAAUAUAUUUCACAA